ACGACAGCAUCGUCAACAACUCGCUCCACCAAAUCGACAGCGAAAGCACCGGCAGUCAAGACAGCCACCACAAAGGCGGCGCGUCAGCCCCUCGGAAACGCAGAAAACUCUCCAGAAAGGAGGUCAUACCUACCUAUGCCGAGCCCUGUCAAGCCGUCGAAGAAGGCGGCUAGCAAUAUGUCCUUCGAGUCCGAGAGAGAGCCGAUUAAGGCAUAUCUACGAAUCCGGCCGCAAGGGAAUGCGGAACAGCUUUCUGCGCCCUAUCUUGAACCUCUGUCGGACACUACGGUGCACAUGUCCAACCCUAGCCAUACAGAGGCUGCUACGCACACCCGCACGUCCACGGCUCUGGCCGCCGCUCCGACGACAUACACGUUCACGCACAUAUUUCCUCCCGCCACCUCCCAAUCCACGUUCUUCCAGAAGACGACGCUUCCGUUGAUCAGAGCCGCUCUUUGCCAAGGAGAGAACGGGUUGCUGUUCGCCUACGGCGUGACGAACUCUGGAAAGACGUAUACAGUGCAAGGUGCUCCCGGAAAAGACAAGGCAGGAAUAUUGCCCAGGACGCUGGAUGUAAUCUUCAACAGCAUCUAUGGUCUCCAGGGCGAGGCAAGGUACCGCCCCGUGCGAUUGCAAGGGAUCGAACCUGCCCAACCUUCGGACAAUGCCCCGUUGCCAAAGUUUCGCGAGCCCGAACUCGCAGAAGUGCUCGGCGACGACACGGACUCCGUCGAUACCGACGACAUGGACUCCGAUCCCUCAUCCAUCGAGGUCGAUAGAAACUACGAAUACUCCAUUUGGUUGUCCUAUGCCGAGGUGUACAACGAGAAGAUCUACGAUCUCCUCGCGUCUACAACGCCCGACGCCGAGCACGACAUCGCGAGCCGCCUGCCCCGACCUGCGGGAGCACCCCCGCCGCCUUCCCAUCCGUUGCUCCUAAAGCGAAAGGCUUUGUCGCUCAAGCCGUCGCCUUCCGCGGACGCGUUCGAUGACGACACGCCAGGCUGCACGGGAAAAUAUGUGGCCGGCCUGAAGCAGGUCAGAGUACGGUCUGCAACGGACGCCAAAGCUGUCGUGAAGAUGGGUCAGCUUCAUCGUCGCGUAUUCGGCACACUCGCGAACAGCCAAAGUAGCCGUAGUCACGGUGUCGUCACAAUCAAGAUCUUGAAACACCACCGGGGCGAGAAGAACGAUCCAACAGCCAUUCAGACUUCGAGGUUGACCAUCGUCGAUCUUGCAGGGUCUGAGAGGACGAAGCAUACUCAGACGACGGGCGACCGGCUCAAGGAGGCGGGCAACAUCAACAAAUCGCUCAUGGUCUUGGGGCAAUGUAUGGAGAUCAUGCGUGCCAAUCAGAAAAAGGUUGCCCAGAGCCUGGCUGUUGCGGGAAGGAGCGAUACCCGGGAUGUCAAGAAGACGCUGGGCGUCAUACCGUUCAGACAUAGUAAACUGACUGAAAUGCUCAUGGACUACUUCGUGGGCGAUGGCCGAGCGGUGAUGAUAGUCAACGUCAACCCGUACGACACGGGCUAUGACGAGAACUCUCACGUUAUGAAGUUUGCCGCCAUCGCUCGUGAAGUGCAGAUCAACAAUGCACCCGCUCCCGUGCGGAAUAUGCCUGCGCCAGCUCCUGUGGCACCGAAGCCCUCGUCCAAGAAAGCUCCGGCAUUACCAAUCAGAAUGCCCUCGAAACCCAAGGAGGUUCAUCGGAGACAAGUUACCAUCUCCAGCGGCGGCAAGGGUGGACGGGUAUUGAGCCAAACCCAGCUGGAGGUUCUUGAAGAGGACGAAGAGCCAGGUGAUGGCGAGGACGACGAUGACAGUGACUCGAAUAAUCCACUGGUUGAUGCCCUCUUCGAAGAGAUCGAGAAUCUUCAACAUCAGCUCUUUGAAUCUCAGAUGCGUUGUGCUAUCGUCGAAGCGGAAACGCGCGAAGAAGUCAUGCGCGAGAUGGAGGAACGCAUGCUGCAGAUGGAACUCCGAUACAGAAAACGAUGGGAGCGUGAAGUUGAGCAGCAGGAAGCCAAGACGGAUGCCAAGAUCGAAAUGCUCCAUCACGCUGGAAUGUUGACACCAUACGGACAUGGACGAGUCGGUAAGGCUCUGGAGGAUGUGGAGGAAGAAGAGGACGUGGAAAUGAGUCUGCGCGUCGACGAAGGCGAUGUCGAACCUCAAACUCCGCACCAUGCAUACGACGAGGAGCCCGAGGAUCGCUCGCCUUCGCCGCUGGCCGGUCGAGGGGCACGCCGUACCAUGGACCUGGACGAGCUUCGUCCUCUAUCACAUCAGUCAAGACAACCCUCACAUGAACCACCCGCGCCGUUCGGCUUCCAGCCAUAUGAUGACGAUGAUGACGAUAUGUACAUGGAUCCCGGUUCUCAACGUGGCAGCCCAGCACCUGAUGCUGCACGCCAAAGCAGCGUUAAGCCUGCAAGCUCUAGCAAGGGCAACUUGUUCAUCGCGUCGAGCCCUUCGCGAUCGCCGUCACAAGGCUCAGCGUCUUCCUCCAGCUCAAGUGGCCACAAGCGCAACCACUCGUCUAUCGACGACCUCGGCAAAUUGGAACUACCCCCUGUGGAGGUGCCGAAGAAGCCGCGAGCCCGUCGUGUGACCCGUCCCGCGUCGGACGAUGAUUACGAGGACGACGAUAUUCAGAUCAUCGAACCGCCCCUGAAGCAGGCGAAAGCGCGUUCGACCAGAGCUGGGCGGCAUACGGGGACGUCAUCUCGGCAGGCAAUCGACAUCAUCGACGUCGACGAGGACCCUUCUGAGGCGGCGGUUGUCAUCCCCAACAAGAAAGCACGACAGGAAGCCGUCGCGAAUGGCGGCCCUAAUGUCGAAUACGUUCCGCGGAAAGGCGAAACAGAUACCGUAAAGAAGAAGAAGCGGCAACUCGGCAAAAAGCCUGUUAUGACGGAGGAGCAGAUCGCGUAUAUCGCGUCCCAGGAAGACCCUGAAGCUGGAAAAACUGUACGACGCGCGAGGACCACACGCAAGUUCACAUAAGGGCGCAUUGCUGGCGGCCUCCAAACCAUUUCCUGUGCUAUACUAUGCAUCUUGCAUACCAGCCCUUCAACGGAUACCUUCAUGCGAGCUUAAGAUACCUGCGGUUUUGUUGCUGUUGAAUUAGUAUCCAUGCUAUCUAAUCACGUUGCUAUGCUCUGCACAUGCGCGCACGUUCGCUGCUUUCUCAUGCAGAGUAUCAUGCCCUCCUCGAAAUACAACUAUGUUGUACGCGAAUACGUUCUACCGUAGAUCUACUACACAUUACGUGCCAUUGCCGUUCAAGAAACCCAACGGAUCUGAAAAAUGCAAUAGCCGCCCUCAUCUGCUCUCCCAAUACCGUUGACGCGACCCAGCUCUUCCUUGCUCACGAUGGCCAGCUCCUGCCCUUGGCGGUUCUCCGAGUGAACCAAACCACUCGCAGCAGGGAACACGCUCUCGACAGUGGCCGCCAUACCCUCGUGCCGGCCAGUGCUUCUGACAGCGACGAUGAGCCAGAACACGCCCGCUGGCGAGAGGAGUUGCUUGACGCAGGACUGAAUCCAGGUGGCGUGAUUUGGGUGGUAUACAACGUCCGCGGCGAGUAUCACGUCAAAUGGCUGAUUCAACGGGCCAUCGAAGCAGGGUUGAGACCAGUCGAGCUUUUCGACGGCGACGGGCUGCGGACGACAAUCCGGGAAGUUGAUCUCCACGUUCAGCGCGAGAUUGCGGAGGACGUCUUCGUGGAAAUCCGUGGCGACGAUCGAAGAUGUGGACGAGGCAUUCUGGCGCAUGGCCAAUAGCUUCGCCGCGAUGAUGCUCAGCAAACCCGUCCCUGCACCGAGCUCGAGGAUGCGGAUGGGUUCGUCUCCUGCCAUCCCGUACAGAUUCGGGUGCGCGCACAUGUGCUCUCCAAAGAUGACGCAGCUACCCCAACUCUGGAGGCCGACGGAGGUGUGGUCAUCCUCGAGCAUCGGCGCAUCGUUGGAUAUGACUUCCACGACGGCCGGCUCUGCGCUGUCUUUAGAUGCGCCGAGUGUGAAUUUGAAGCUCCUCGUGAUCGCCUCCUCUUCGACGGGUGGUUCUGUGAAUGAGGCGAGAAGAGUGCUGGCAGCGUCUACCGCCCGCUCUCGUUUAGUCGCUUCAUCGUCCAUUCCGUCAGUUUCAUCGGGUACUUCGUAAACCCACUCAUCGGAGGUGGCGAUGAACCUGGUGAGCCAUCCAAUGGAUAAAUCUCGUUCGAGGGUAUCGGCCUGAAGGGCUUCAAGUUCGGCGGAAGCCAUAUAACCUAUAGUCGGUGCUGAUUCAAGUUCAUCUUCGUCGGCUGACGCGUAUCCAGAGUCAACAAUUGUGGCCUCAGAUCGGAGCUUGGGUAUCCUGAGGUUGAGGGCGAAUUGCUUGUUUAUGUGCGACGAGUCACUGAGCGGCAUGUAGAUCGCCCGCAGAUUAUCCAGGGCAAGCAAAAUAUCUGUUAAAGAUGGAUUGUGUCCAC